AGGUCUUUUCCUCCUACCACCGGCCUUCUGCCUCUACCUCCACUCCACCUCCGGCUCCGGCGACCUCGCUGCCGCCGCGUCCAUGGACCGGUGGACUGGAGUAGUCCACGUUCCUCUCUCGCGAGGCGGGCCUCUCUUCCGAGUCGCUGCCUCGCUCGUCCUCUCGCCCGCCAAAACGCUCGCCGUUCCACGCGCCAACGCGAUCCUCUUCACGGGCGACCGCGUCCGCGGCACCGGCGAGCCGGUGAUCGAGCGGCUCUCGGACGCCGCCCACAUCGCCGGUGUUCUCGCCGGGAAGCUCUGCGGGGAGAUGAACGCGUGGGUGGUUGACGCUGCAUGCUUCGCGGGGCCAUUUGCGGUGUACCGAGAACUUGUCCCGUCCGUGGACACCGCUGGGGAUCCCAAGGGAUACGACCCCACUGGCUUCCCGGCCGCUGCCGGCGUUGCCAACAUCCUUGCGCACAGUGUUGCUGAGAUACAAAAUAAGUUCUUGGGGUGCUCAUCAAAGGACGCUACUGUCAAUCAGCAUCCUGCAGCAUCAUUGUCAUCCUGUCCUCCUAGGACUAUCAUCCUGGGAUUCAGCAAGGGUGGAGUUGUUGCCAACCAGCUUGUGACAGAACUUUCUUCUUGGGCAUCGGAAUCAAUGAAAAACUUAGUUGACGUUUCACAAUUGAAUCCAUGCCAUAAUCUCUUGGUUCCUACUUCAGCUAGUGAUGUGCUAUCAAGUAGUUAUGAAUUCCAUUAUGUGGAUGUUGGCCUGAAUUGUGCUGGAGCAUACAUUACUGACCAAGCUGUGAUCAAGAAGAUAGGCGAUUAUGUUUUGCAUACUGGCCAGAACCUCCGAUUUGUUCUUCAUGGUACUCCAAGGCAGUGGUCUGAUCCAAACCGGCCAUGGAUUCGUAAGGACAAAGACAUAAUGCUGAAGCUGCUUCGAGAUGAGGCUAAGAGGUGUGAUGGGAGACUGCUGGUAUCUGAAAAGAUGUAUUUUGAGGGUACACCUCGUAGUCUACUGAUGCAUUUUGAGAUUUUGGAAGCAAUGGAUCUAUGCUGAUAUUUGAUCCGUACAUCUUGUGUCCUUAGUAUUUUCUCCAUAGCAAAUCGUAAGGAUAACAGAAUGUGAAUAUGCUUAUAGUCUCUUUAGAUGCUGCUUUCCUCCAUGCUGACUUCACCGCAGUGCCAUUCUGUUAGUUGUCUUGUAUAUCAGUUGUUGUUGUUGUUUUUUUUUUUUGAAGAAAUCAGCAGGAGCACUGCUAUAUCAGUUUUCAUAGCUGAACAAUCAAAUACAGUUGACAGAUCACAUGAAUACAUGGUCCACGGAAUAUGUAUGUUGGUA